AUGCCACUAAUUCAACUUUUACUUCAACAGUCCGUUCCAAUCCACCUCGCCGACGACGCAGGGCUCACGCCACUUCAUUAUGCAGCAAAAUUCGGGUUUGCGGAAUUGACUCUUGCUCUACUUGAGAGGGACGCUCCCAUCGAGGCAAAAAGUAAAGCCAAGGAAACACCGCUGCACGUCGCCACGAUUCCUGACGCUACAGCCGUUAUAUCGCAUCUCGUACAGUACGGAGCCAAUCUCAACGCCGUGCAACACGAUGAAGAGACACCUCUAAUGUACGCCGCCCAGCGUGAUUGUUGUUCAGCAAUAGCGCUCCUAGUCAAGCACGGAGCUUCCUUGACGAGGCAAGACAGUAGGAAGAACACUGCGCUGCACCAUGCAGCUUCAUUUGGCCAUCAUGCCUCUGCACACCUCCUCGUCCGACACGGGAUUGACAUCAGUAUUCGCAAUGAUUCCGGAGACACCGCUCUAGAUAUUGCGAUAUCUAAGGGCCACACCUGGGUGGCGGAUUUUUUGAAAAAAGAGGCCGAUGAGAGUACUUUCUAGAAGGCCUUCAAGAAGGCUUGUUCUUCGCUGGGUACUAUAUGUCCCGAUUGCCGGAGGAGCUGCUGUCAACCUUGGUACACUGAAAUCAUGUAUCUGUAUUACAUAGCUCUUCUAUAGACCAGGGCCCGUAUCGUUCGCU